AUGGAUAUCACCUGUUCUUCUCCGUUUGUCUCUGCACCGAUUCAGGAGAUGGUCGGCGAGCCGAUCGACAUCGUACUUGAUGAGCCCACCGAUACCUGCGCGAUGGUGGAAGAGAAAGCCGAGGAGAUCAUCGAGGCCGAGAAUGAGAGCCUUGACCAACUGAUGAUAGAGUUUACCAGAGGGUUUGAUCCUGGAAGCUUUGUGGAUGAGGUCUCUAACUCACUCCCUCGUAUUCUCAAAGAUAUCUUCCCAGGUUCAUACGAGCAUCUUUUGAGCAUGCUGUUUGAAAGCGAUGACAAAAUGCACGCCACCCAGAUGAAGCUAGAGGAAUGGCUUCUGAAAAGAUACCCUCAGAUUCUCAACAAGAUCGAUACCGAACGCCAAGAGACGAACAUAACCGAUGAGACGUAUUUUGGGGCUGAGAUAGAGGUCUUAAGAAAGAUGGUAGCAUUCUUGCGCAAGGAAUCUGAUAAACCAGUCUUCUGGCUCAAUGCUCGGCGUGCAAGUCCUAUCAAAGCUCGUGAGCAGCUUGAAGCAUCUAUCCGGGUCAUCGAACUGUUCAAAAGCGAUGUCAUGAUUGCGAUGAAAAUGGACACGGAGGAUAGAAAAAUUUACAAUUCUCUCCCCGUCUCCACGGAACGCACCGCUCUUCUGAGUAUCAAACAACUUCGGAUUGACGCAUGCAAGGCAUCACUUUCUUGGGAAGGUUAUAUGGACUCUGCUAUCGUGUUCACCUCUUUCUUCCAUGCCUACAAGGCUUAUACCUGCGUGCACAAGCCAGACAAAGCCCGUGCAUGGGGCUGGCUCCCACCACAGGGACUUGCACCUCCACGCUUGUCUGCAGAGAUAGCCCAGGUGGGCGAUUUGGUAAAAUGGGACUUUGAGCAUGAAAACGGCGCAUUCGAUCUGCUACUCAAGACGGCCCUUUGGCUAGGUAUGGCGAGAGGUCUCCCAGCUGUGCAUCUAUUCUGUGACGUCGCUCGACUUUUCACGACGCACAAGCCCUCCCCAACGGCAAACGAGCCAUAUAUCCGAUUUCUGCGCCAUCUGGCCCAAACAAGAGUCUCCAUUGCCGGAAUUAAGUCCACUCCGCCCACGCCUGUUCCAUUCAAGGGGUCCGACGAAAAUACCAACCGUGGUUACUUCGAAGACGUAUUCGAUUCAGACAAGAUCUUGGAGAAGGACCUAACCAAGACCCUUUCGUUGCUCGCCAUGAAUACCAAUGACUUCAAGCUAUCUGCCACGCCUCCAAAAUACUCGUUUCGCAAGAAGGCGAAGAUGAUCGAGCAGGCUUGUGUUGUGGAAGAGAAUCACACGGAGAAGUGGUCUCAGAAAGAUCCGCACCCUGUGAAACCUCCUUCUCCAAUUCCUGAGGAACCUGAACCGGCCUCACCCCCGCAGGAGACGGAACCUGACUUUCUUGAUCAAAUCGAAUACGUCUCAGUCUGUCCUUGGUGA